GUUCAGUUUCGACUGUGAAUAUGUCAACGCGUCGUCAUUUCGGGAUUGUCCUACUCUUAUGUAGCAUGAGUUUGGGCUACAACUACAGGCUCGUAGAAAACCCCGUAAAUUUUAAGACUUGUCCAGCGCGAAAUAAGGAAAUACCAUUCGAGGAGCCACGUUUGAAUAGUCAGCCACGAACCUUUUAUAACGUCCACGAUAUCCCCAGCAGACAUCUCAUCAACUCCAAUGAAAACGAAGUAAAAUCUGAAAACUGGUUCUUGAGGAUUUUCAACAUAAAAACCUUAAGCCGUGAGAUCCCAGGAAACGACGAGAAUCAGCAUGCGGAUGGAUUUGCAAAGCUCCUUCUUGAUUUCUUUAAGCCAAGCCCUAUGAUGGUGGAUCCUUUACAGCAACAUAAAAACCAACCAAAAAUCCUUUUCAUAUUAAAGAAAAAUCCCCUACCAGAAGAACACCACAUAGUAAAAAGGGAUCCCAUACCAUACAAUUUCAUGUGAUCAACCCAAAGCUUCAUAAAUUGUUAUUUCAGAUUUUUCAUUAGCAUUUCUCAGCAUACGUUACCGCACCCACGUCAUAUCCAUCUCACAUAGUUAUUAAGAUCUAUUACCCCUAAUUAGGAAAACUUUGUAAGAACACAUGUUCCCAGAGACGUGGCAAUAAAUUAAAUCAUUUUCCACUGUA